AUGUUCAUCUCUUCGUUGCUAUUUUCAUCACAUUUGUGCUCUUAUCCUCUCAUUUUCCCUUCCUUCCCAUGUCAGAUUCGUGACGCCGAAGAGGGCGCUGAUAUGAUCAUGGUGAAGCCCGGGUUGCCAUAUCUGGAUGUUCUGGCUGAUAUUCGCAGAGAACUCAGAAAGCCUCAACUCACUCGAGUGCUUUUGGCGUCAGUUCGGACAAUCUGGAAUAGGAGCGAUCAAGACAAAGGGUUGACACCUGCCUCACACAAGACUGUGACGACGAAACCUCUGCAUCUACCAGCAUCAUUUACACCCCAUUUGGCACAAGUAUGCAUGCCUAUAGAAUUUGGGCAUCUGCUUUCUGGCCAAUCGGUCGCAGCCGCUUUCAGGCAGGAGUGGGCAUGCCUAAUCAGCUGUCCAAGUCGUCAUGAGCCAAACCUACCCGAGUACCACCAGUGCUUCCUCAUGUACGCACAGCUGCUUUGA